CCCGACGGCUCGCCGCAGGCACCGUGGAGAGGCCGGGGUACCACAGAUUGAUGGAGUUGGACAGGAGAGGAGGGCGAGGGGAGUCCGAGGACGGCCGGAGGAUGUCCAGGGCCGUCGGGGCCCGCAGCAGCCACGGCACCCCGAGUGCGGGGGCCAGCUCCGGGGUCCUGAUGGUGGGCCCCAACUUCCGCGUUGGCAAGAAGAUAGGCUGCGGCAACUUCGGGGAGCUGCGCCUGGGGAAGAACCUCUACACCAACGAGUAUGUGGCUAUCAAAUUGGAGCCGAUCAAGUCCCGGGCCCCGCAGCUGCAUCUGGAGUACCGGUUCUACAAACAGCUCAGCGCCGCAGGUAGCGCCCGGGCAGCGGGGUGGCCGCCAGGAGCGUCUGAGCGUCUGCGGCACGCCCUGCCUGUGCCUGUCCCCCCUGCAGAGGGCGUCCCUCAGGUCUACUACUUCGGCCCGUGCGGGAAGUACAACGCCAUGGUGCUGGAGCUGCUGGGGCCCAGCCUGGAGGACCUGUUCGACCUGUGCGACCGGACCUUCACGCUCAAGACGGUGCUGAUGAUCGCUGUGCAGCUGAUCACGCGGAUGGAGUACGUGCACACCAAGAGCCUCAUCUACCGCGACGUGAAGCCCGAGAACUUCCUGGUGGGGCGCCCUGGCACCAAGCGGCAGCACGCCAUCCACAUCAUCGACUUCGGGCUGGCCAAGGAGUACAUCGACCCCGAGACCAAGAAGCACAUCCCCUACCGCGAGCACAAGAGCCUGACGGGCACGGCGCGCUACAUGAGCAUCAACACGCACCUGGGCAAGGAGCAGAGCCGCCGCGACGACUUGGAGGCCCUGGGCCCCAUGUUCAUGUACUUCCUGCGCGGCAGC